AUGGUUGCCCCGCGUCAUGAUCCGAAGACGCGAUGCAUCUUCAGCCCCUUUGGUCACAAUCGCCAGAAACAGCGCAGCAGCAUGUACGGCGACGCGGCGAACAAGCUGGUGACGAACGCCAAACGCGCCGAGGCCCUGCCGACCAUCCCUCCGUAUUCGACAGAUCUUGUGCGGACGAUCCUGCGCGAGAUUCAGCACCUCGACGCGUCGGUGUCGAGCGUUCUCGCUUCGUACGGAGGCUCGUUCAACCCUCAGUCCGACCCAGCCACGGCCACGCGGCUGCUGGUCGAGUACAUGUGCAUGCGCCGUGACAAGCGGUGUCUGCUCGCCUACCACCGCGCACGCUGCGUCAAAAUCGAGGAGGAGAUAUGGGCGGGCAAGGACGUCCUCGGCGGGGGGAACGGCGGCGUGGACGGCAACGAGGGAGGCUUGAGUCCCGAGGAGGAAGAGUAUGCUCGACAGUACACCGAGCUGCUCGCGGCCUACAAAGGCAAGUGGACGGACAUUGACUUGACCGGCAGCCUGGAACCGCCCAAGGACCUGUUCGUCGACGUCAGAGUCCUUAAGGACGCGGGCGAGAUUCAGACCGAGUACGGGGCCAUAACGCUGUCGAAAAAUUCACAGUUCUACGUGCGUCAAGGGGACGUCGAGCGGCUGAUACAACAGGGCUAUUUGCAAAAGCUGAGCUGA